UGCAUACGGUAGCCGACGGGCGCCGCACACGGCACACGCUCCCAGCGAAUGCGCGCUCUAAACAUCUACAGUUCUACCACAGUACCACCGCGUCAGGUGUUAUUAUCGUAUAUUCCUCGCCGCCACGUCCCGUCCAUCCAUACCCACGUCUUCGGGUCGUGAUUCGUGACGUCACCCGCACCACCACUCUUGUGGCACUCGCCGACGUCCGACGACGACCGGACGGCGACGACGACGGCGAUUGUUGGCCUGCAAGGGGAGCAGUAGGAAUAACGGGCAACGGCAAACAUCAAAUAACAAUAAUAACAACAACAGAUAUCAGUCACUCUGUGCAGUGUCUUUGCGACGUGUCAGGGCGAAUCGUUGUUUUUCAAUCGUCACUCUGAUAUUAUAGGUAUAACAUAAUAUUUCGUUUCUGCGUCCAUCGUCGCACUCAAACACCACCAUCAACCAUGUCUGCACACGCUUCCGGCAAGCUCAUCAUAGUGUCCAACAGGCUUCCGUUCGUUCUCAAAAAAAACGAACAGACGCAAAAAUGGGAGAGAAAAGCCAGUGCUGGUGGGUUAGUCACUGCUGUAGCACCUGUUGUAGUUCAAGGAAACGGAUUAUGGAUAGGAUGGGCUGGUGUUCACUUAGAGGAAGGUGAAAAAAUACCAGAAUCGGAUCCGAACGAUACAACACCUACUGCUGGAUUACGUUCCGAUAAAGUUAUUCCUGUUGACUUUGACCCUCAAACAUUUGACAGUUAUUAUAAUGGUUGCUGUAAUGGAACAUUUUGGCCUCUAUUUCAUUCAAUGCCUGAUAGAGCUCAAUUUUCUGCUGAUUCUUGGAAAUCAUACUGUGCUGUCAAUAAAGAAUUUGCAUCAAAAACUGUAGGAGCCUUGGAAAGUUUAUCAAGAGAAGAUACAGAUUCUGGAACACCUCUUGUUUGGUUACAUGAUUAUCAUCUCAUGUUAGCAGCCAACAGCAUUAGAAAUGCGGCAGAUGAAAAAAAUUUGAAAUUUAAAUUAGGAUUUUUCCUUCAUAUACCAUUCCCUCCGUGGGAUAUUUUUAGGCUGUUUCCAUGGUCUGAUGAAAUUCUUCAAGGAAUGUUAGGUUGUGAUAUGGUUGGUUUUCAUAUCGAAGACUAUUGUUUAAAUUUUGUGGAUUGCUGUCAGCGGAGAUUAGGUUGCCGUGUAGAUCGAAAAAAUUUACUCGUUGAACAUGGUGGCCGGACAGUACGUAUUCGUCCAUUGCCAAUUGGUAUACCAUUUGAUCGAUUUGUAGAAAUGGCAGAGCAAGCACCUACAGUAAUAAGUACAUCAUUACAAUUAGUACUUGGUGUAGAUCGAUUGGAUUACACUAAAGGAUUAGUACAUAGACUAAAGGCUUUUGAAUUGUUAUUGGAGCGAUAUCCACAACAUAAGGGUAAAGUAGCACUUAUGCAAAUCGCUGUACCAUCACGGACAGAUGUUAAGGAAUACCAGGACCUUAAAGAGGAAAUGGACCAGCUUGUUGGACGAAUAAAUGGACGUUUCACAACACCUAAUUGGUCACCUAUUAGGUAUAUUUAUGGGUGUGUCAGUCAAAAUGAUUUGGCAGCUUUCUACCGUGACUCAGCUGUAGCAAUGGUUACACCACUUCGAGAUGGCAUGAAUUUAGUCGCCAAAGAGUUUGUUGCUUGUCAAAUUAGGGAACCACCUGGUGUUCUAAUUGUAUCACCAUUUGCUGGUGCUGGUGAAAUGAUGCACGAAGCUUUAAUUUGUAAUCCAUAUGAAUUAGUUGAAGCAGCUGAUACUUUGCAUAGAGCGUUGACCAUGCCUGAAGAUGAAAGAAUGUUAAGAAUGAGGUGUUUAAGACGUAGAGAAAAAAUACACGAUGUUGAUUAUUGGAUGCGAUCUUUUCUUAAAGCAAUGGGAACUCUAAUAUUUGAAGAUGGAGAUGAUGUUUUACCAACUACUAUGCAACCAGUCACUUUACAGGACUUUGAUGAUUAUUUAUCUAAAUAUAUUGGUAACACAAACAAACUUGCAUUACUAUUGGACUAUGAUGGUACAUUGGCUCCAUUAGCUCCUCAUCCAGACCUCGCUAUAUUACCUUUAGAAACUAAAAGUGUUUUAGAAAGGUUGGCUAAUAUGUCUGAUGUAUACAUAUCCAUUAUUUCUGGUAGAAAUGUUCAUAAUGUCAAAGACAUGGUUGGAAUUGAGGGUUUGACUUAUGCUGGUAAUCAUGGACUGGAAAUUCUUCAUCCAGAUGGAAGUAGGUUUGUGCAUCCAAUGCCUAAAGAAUAUGAGGAUAAAGUUGGUGAUCUGUUGAAAGUGCUUCAAGAACAAGUUUGCAAAGAUGGUGCAUGGGUGGAAAAUAAAGGUACUUUAUUGACAUACCAUUACCGUGAAGUGCCUAUAAAUGCUCGACCUGAGCUUGCAGCUACAGCACAGCGGCUUAUUGAAGAAGCAGGUUUUAAAGCAGGUCAGGCUCAUUGUGCCAUUGAAGCCAAACCUCCAGUACAAUGGAAUAAGGGACGUGCAUCUUUGUAUAUUUUACGUACAGCUUUUGGUUUGGAUUGGAGUGAACGCAUACGCAUUAUUUAUGCAGGAGAUGAUGUAACUGAUGAAGAUGCAAUGCAGGCAUUAAAAGGUAUGGCAGCAACUUUCAGAGUAGCCCAGUCUCAAAUUGUAAAAACAUCGGCCGAACGUCGUUUGCCAAGCACAGAUUCUGUAUUGACUAUGUUAAAAUGGGUUGAAAGACAUUUUGGCAAACGAUUACCUCGUGCAGAUAGUGUUGGUAAUUUAAGCAAUAAUCUACAGAUGUCAUUAGGAUCAAUGCAAAUGGAGCUCAGUAUGCCAGAAGAAACGUCUCCACACUAAUAGUCAUCACUAGCAAAUGUAUUUAAAACCCAAAGUUAGUUUUUACUCAUUAUUCACAGUGUGCUAGUAAAAAAGUAUUUUAUAUUGAGUCAUAGCAACCAAUGUAAGCAAUUUAAGUAAAAGUUUUAUUUUUUGUACAUGUAUAAAUUUAUUAUAUUCAUGUUUAUAGAAUGUAUUGCCACAUAUUACAAUCAACAAUGAAUAAACUAUUCUAUAAGUCAAUUAGAAGUUAAUGAAAUAAAUAAUGUUGAAUUAAAAUAUGUAAUUAAAUAAAUGAUGCAACUAAAUAA